AUGGCUCCCAGUAUCCUGCUGCAGCCCGAGACGCCUCCAUCAUACGCUCACCCGACCAAACAGGCGAGAGCAGAAGGUGGUGUCUCACAAGCCCAAAAUUUCCAAGGCUCUGUUGGCAGGAACUCCUCUUUCCAUUCCCCAUCUUCCAAUGGCAACGGACAUGUCAAUAGCGGCAACGGUUCAUCGAACGGCAUUGGAUUCUCAGUUCGUCAAGAUGAAGGGAGGGAUUUCGUUGCGUCUCAGAUCCUCGAUCAAUCGUCGCCGGGCUUUGCAUCCAGAAACUCAGCUUCAAAUGGAACUUCGAAGAAACCCAACAUCCUAUAUAUUAUGGCUGAUCAGAUGGCCGCACCACUCUUAAAGAUGAAUGACCCAGAAUCAGUCAUCAAAACGCCCAACCUUGACAAGCUUGCAGAUACUGGCGUUGUCUUCUCCAGCGCCUAUUGCAACUCCCCUCUGUGCGCUCCAUCCAGAUUUACUAUGUGCACAGGACAGCUUCCCUCGAAAAUCGGCGGUUAUGAUAACGCCUCCAUCCUUGGUCCUGAAGUCCCCACAUACGCGCACUAUCUUCGACGUGAAGGUUACGAGACAGCUCUUGCAGGCAAGAUGCACUUCAUCGGCCCGGACCAACUUCACGGAUUCGAACACAGGCUCACAUCCGACAUCUAUCCUGGAGACCUUGGCUGGGCCGUCAACUGGGACAAGCCAGAUGAGCGCCAGGAGUGGUUCCACAACAUGUCUUCUGUGAUGCAGGCAGGCCCUUGUGUGCGAUCGAACCAGCUGGACUACGAUGAAGACGUUAUGCACAAGGCUUCGCAGUAUCUCUAUGACCAUGUUCGAUCAGACCCAGACAGUCGUAAACCUUUUGCCUUGACUAUAUCCCUGACUCAUCCUCAUGACCCUUACACCAUGAUCCGGGAGUACUGGGACCGCUAUGAAGGAGUAGACAUUCCCUUGCCUAAAGUUGAGAUCAAUCAAGAAGAUCAGGACUCUCAUUCUCAACGCCUUCUGAAGUGCAUCGACCUUUGGGACAAUCCUGUUCCCGACGAGGCUAAAAUUCGUGCGCGUCGCGCCUACUUUGCUGCGUGCAGUUUCGUUGACGACCAAGUCGGAAAGCUGAUGAACAUCCUCAAGAACUGCUACCUGGACAAGGACACCGUGGUCGUUUUCUCUGGAGAUCAUGGCGAUAUGCUUGGUGAGCGUAGCAUGUGGUACAAGAUGUCAUGGUUCGAGAACAGCGCUCGAGUACCCAUGAUCAUCAACUGCCCUUCGAAGUUCCAAUCCAAGCGUGUUACCGAGUCUGUAUCUACCAUGGACCUUCUUCCAACGUUUGUAGAUCUUGCAGGAGGAAAUGCUUCGGCUAUUCUUCCCAUUGAUGGAGUCAGUCUACACGAUUACCUCGUCUCGGAUGAGCCUGGCAAGGAUGAGGUAUUUGGCGAGUACAUGGGCGAAGGCACUGUCACUCCUACCUAUAUGAUUCGCCGAGCUCAGUGGAAGUAUACGUAUUCUCUGGUCGACCCGCCGCAGCUCUUCGACCUGGUUAGCGAUCCGCAAGAGCUUAACGACCUGGCAACAUCCGCAAAGCCUUAUCAUCAGCAAGUACUAGCCGACUUCCAGAUUGAGGCUCGCGAGAAGUGGGACUUCCAGCAGAUCCACAAAGAUGCUUUGAAGAGUCAGCGCAUGCGGCAGAUUGCUUGGAGUGCUCUGCAGAUUGGUCGUCAGGAAUCCUGGGAUUACCAGCCACCUUACAAUGACAGGGAUCGUUUCAUCCGCUCGCACAUCCCUCUCGACGAUCUGGAACGCCGCUCUCGCUUCCCAGUGGUUGACUACCUUGGCCGCGAGCAGACACCUAUGGCCACUCACCAUGGCCUUGCUGGAGCCAACAACGAAUGA